CACGACUCACGCAGUAUCGACUCUGAAGUAAGGAGGUAAGUCGGCUGUCAGAUCACAGUCAUCAUUUACUCAACCGCUACUCGAACCCCUGGAAGGUAGUACCAGCAGAAGUGUUGCGCUGCAGCCUACGCCAAAGCGUCAUAGCGCUUGCUGCAAUUGGCUGGUGUUCUACGGGUCCGUUGUACCAGUCUUUACAAUCGAGCUCAAACCGGGUAUAUAUAAUGAGAGAAAGCAGCAUUACCUAGGACUCACUGCGCACUCUUGACUCAUGGAUUCUCGACUGGAGAAAGGGCCUGUCUGUGGUGUAGAAAAUUGUCGAUCCCGAUGGUAUGAAGAAGGUGAAGACGGCUAUCGCUACUGUCAGAACGGGCAUCAACAGUUUGGCUUGAUUCGCGCUGCAGCAGAUGACGAUGAUUUCACCCUUGCGACAACAACAAGAACACGCAAAAGGAAGGACACAGAUGAUCAAGUCAAGAUAGCCAAACACUUCAGCGGACGGCAAGCCCUUGACUUGUACCUCAAAUGCCUUCAACUCAUCUUGCGACACCAAGUAUGGUACCUAGUGAAAGAGAAGGACCUCCCAGAGGAAUUGGAGUUGAUAACUCUGGACCUUUGGGCUCUUCGGAUCGCUCAGUUCGGCGACAGGAUUGCCAGUGACAAGUUUGCCGACUCACAGUCCCAGUCACAAGUCUUUAGCACCCUCGAGACCGACGACAGCGAGACUGAUGAUGCGAGAGGCACGCUCAGAACACCCAAGGGACGAGACAAGAAGCUCAGUGGCGUUCCGAACCUUCUUGACAGUCUGGCAUUAUGUUACCUGGGAAUCCUGACGCUACGACUGCCAAUCACACCCGGGGACAUCUACCACUGGGUCUCGGAAGGCAAGCUAGCCUACAGAGGAGCUAUCAAACACUUACCCUUACCGAUGCGAGACCGCCUGCCGCCCUCAUAUCAUGCCAUCUUGAACCCGAAUGCACUUCUGAAGUACAAGCGGUUUUAUGCGGCAGUCACCGACUUACAGGUUAGCUUUACGAAAGAUCACAGAAUUGCGUGGGCGCCGCUGAAUCACCGUCUCCUGCUGUUUCGAUAUCUCAAAGAGCUGGCUUUGCCUCUCGAAAUCUACGAUGUCACUAUUCGACUCAGCAAGCUUCUCGGGUACGAUUUCGUGCUGCACCAGGAUGGGGAGAAGAGACUCGGCAUCAAACAUCUACCAGAGGCACAGCUGGUCGGCUGCCUGCUCGUGUGCGUCAAGGUGCUGUACCCUUUCGACGGGGAAGUACGACAUCCACGUUCAGCUGCCGAGCCCACGGCAGCAGUGAUCAGUUGGAGACACUGGCACGAGCAGCUUCGAUCUGCAAAGGCAGGACAGGAAGGCCACGAUCAGCGCUACACAGUCGAGGAGCUGACCAAGCUUGAGGAGAAGGACGUCUUCGACAUGGCACCUGACCGGCUUGAUCAAUAUCUCGACUUCUACGCAGACACAUUCCUCGACAAUGCAGAGAUACAGCGAACGAAAGACACAGACGACUUCCGCAAUGCAAUCUACGGUAUGUUCCCUAUCGCAGGAACACCAACAGCCUCUGCAAACCUAAGCCCGGAUGGACUGCAAAAGAAAGACGACAUGGCAAUGGUCAGAGCUGUGCAUGGCUCCAUGCAAGCAAGGACGACAGUGGAAGACGACGAAGUCGGUACUGGAAUUUUAAGGCCUGGUCAGUCAUACCGGCCUUACAGGAAGGAGAAAGACCUACCAGAGCAUGCCAAGGCAUUUUAUGAGGAGGUCGUGAAGCUGGCGGGAUUGUCGAUGGAUAUGUUGAUGAUGGCGGUCUUCUUCACAGAGGCGAGGAUUGAGAAGUGGCGGAGGAAGCAGAGGGAGGCAACGAAGCAGGGACCAGACGAUGGUUGAAGAGCCUUGGUACAGUGCACGAGGUGUUGCUACAACGACAAUGUGCACGGUAUAGGAAUUCGCUGGAUGUAGCUCAAAAACCACGUACUCUUGCGUUGCAGAAAGAGCUGGACGCAAGAGCCUGGCUUCUAGCAUUCCGGAGCAGCUUCAAAAAGUACUC